AUUAAAAAUAAAAAAUUCGAAAUGCUUUAUAACAGAACAUUUCGCUUUUUAUUAUAACCAAAAAAUUACUUAAUAUAAAAGUAGUUAAUACAUAAAAGUUAUUAAAAUAGCUAUUUACAUAACCUUCAAAAUCGUCUACUCAUAUAUAAAUUUAUCCUAUGUGAAAGAUUCAGUAAACAGAAAAUGUAUGAUAUUUGCCACCCUACUUAUUAUAAUAUGAGCCAGUUAGGCUGUAAUGAUCAAAUUAAAUUAACCACAGCUUUUUAUGUAUACAUGGAACUUUGCGAAGUGAAGCGUUAUUGGGAUGUAGAAUACAAGUAUUGUAAUACGUUGCAACUUUUUUAUCUUGAAGCUAAGAAGUAUAAAAAAGCAAACAUAGAUAUAUUUAUACCAUGGCCUGCAAUGAACAAUAUUACUCUAGAUAUAAUUUAUAGCAUUCAGCAUAAAUUAGAAACAAAUAAAUUCACAUUUGUUUUUAAAGAAGGAGAUACAACGUCAGUAUAUUAUAGUGUUUGUACAGGUAUUAUAAAACCUAUAACCCCUAAUGAAACCAUUAUAUUAAAACAAAAGGAAAAUAAGAAAUUUGAACUUGAAAAAGAAAUCAACAGGAAUAUUGCAAAUUUAUAUGAACGUGCAUUAUUACUUAAUGAUGAUGAAACAGAAGAAGCAAGUAAUAAAUCAAGUAAGAACAAUAUAGAGAAAGAAGAAAGUAAUAUUAAACAUUUUUAUAUUCCAAUGGAAUUAGAUAGUCUUACAAAAGAAGAAUUAUGUGAUUUAAAAAUUUUAAAUGAUUCAGGAAAUUCGACUGUCAAUACACUAAAACUAUAAUACUACCACAAAUAUAAAUAAAAAACAU